CGGAGCGCGCCGCCCGCCCUAGCACUUCUCGCGUCACGAUAUACAACCUUCAUCAUAUUCCACUGCUCAUCCAUCACAACGCGCGUUACCACAUUUAUGAAUAUUAACAUUACGCGCAAAUUACUCCAACUUUUAUCGUUUAUACAUAAAAUAACCGUAGAGGUCAUUUUGUUUUUGUGAUAACCUAAGAUAAACUCACAUCUAUUUAUUUUAAAUUCAUAGAUCAUGUAACUAGGUUCUAGUGAACACCAUGGACACCUGAUUUAACAUCUGCACUGUUGAUUACGAUAUGCUGUUGGGAAACUUGCUCUUGAAACUGUGCCAAAAAGUAUAGAAGUUCUUAAGUGGAAAGAAAAAGUUAUAACACAAUGAAAUCAGCACAAAGCGAAAUAAAAAUCUGUUGGAGGAUGACGCGCUUUCUGCCGAUGGGGACGUUGCUAAUCCUGUCAUUAGUCGGCGCUGGUAUUUGCCAGACGACUGUAGGUCUUAAGGAGGAGCUUAAAGCAAUAUCAAGUUCGCAAACGGCGCAGACUGCGGCUUUUAUCCACUCUACGAGACAGACGGUAAAGCCAUUAGAGACUACGGUAGUGCCUACUACUUCAACUUCAAAAGAAAGCACUAGAACAACAAAAGCGAAUGUGGCGAGCGAGAGGCCGACCACAGCUCCGUAUUCAACGACGAGAGUGUACACAAGCACAAGCACAAAAGGCGCAGAGAAAAGUGCAAGACGGCAGAAGUUAAACAGUAGUUCUAGUGUGGUUGUAAGUAGUGCGGCACAUACGGGGGCGAGGUUCGAGGAGCGUUUGGCGGCGGUGGACUGCGAGCUGCCGCUGCUGCCCCACGAGUCCCGGCUGUGGCGCGGCAACGAGACUCACGAGCUCAACCUCCCCGUCACGAUGACGGAGGAGUGCGGGGCCGGCGGGGGCGGGGGCGGGGGUGCGGGUUCGACCCCGGGCGCGGCCGACGAGGAGUGUCCCCCGGUCAUCGUGUCGUGGGAGGGCCUCGUCGACAUCCAGAGCGGGGACAUCCUUAUCGUCCGCAUCGCCGACUCUCUCCUCCUCAGCAACUUGGGACAAACCAAUAUCACCCCCACACUCGAUGCGAAUUCUUCGCAUGUCGACAGCGAAAGGUCACAUCGUGCUCCCAUGCAGCCAGCCGUGUACCAAGUAACGCGGCAAGGACACGAGCACUGUGACGUCACCGACGGCAUGUUGCUGGACAUCACUCCCCUCGACGAAGGCGGUGCCAAACUCUUCACGCUAUACGACAAGGACCUCAGCGAGGGCGUCAACUUGUUCAUAGUCGUCUCCAAGAACUGGGGAUCUCAGUGCGUUCGCUUGAAAGUAACAGUUAAGUCGGAUAAUUGCGGGGAGUCUCAAGACUGUUCUGGGAAAGGCGUCUGUUACACGAACGUUUCAAUGGAGGGCUACGAAUGCCAGUGCUGCCCCGGGUUCGCGGGCCCGCACUGCGAGGAGCGUGACGCGUGCAACCCAUCACCAUGCCUCAACAGCGGCAUCUGUGUCGACCUCUCGCCACCCUACACUCUAGCCACUGAUAACCCUGGGAACUACCACUGUCUUUGUCCUUAUGGAUUCACUGGUAGAAAAUGUGAGAAAGAUCCCUGUUCGUCAGCACCAUGUUUGAACGGAGGUUCUUGUAUGAGCAUGGCUAUGAAUGGUUCGACGACGUUCCACUGCGCGUGCGCGGAUGGCUGGACGGGCGCGCACUGCGAGCUAUCGGUCGCUGGCGGUGCUUGCGUUUCCAACCCCUGCAUCAACGGUAUCUGCAUCGAACAAACCGAUAAUGACAUAGAAGGCGAAAAAUUCCGUUGCUUCUGUCAACCCGGGUAUACCGGGGAUCUCUGUCAGCUGGAGUACAACGAGUGUGAGUCGUCGCCGUGCGCCAACGGCGGCACCUGCACCGACCGCGUCGGCGGGUUCACGUGUGAGUGCACACGCGGGUACACCGGCAACACGUGCCAGUUUAAGGUGGACCUAUGCUCGCCAAACCCGUGUCCGGAGCGGCGGUUCUGCGUGGACCACGGCAACAGCUACGCCUGCGAGUGUCCGCACGGCUUCGUUGGCGACGAAUGCCACAUCCCGACCAGAUCGCCGUGUGACAACAACCCCUGCGCUCAUGGUGGAACCUGCUGGAGCGACAUCGACUCCUUCUACUGCUCCUGUCGUCCUGGGUACACUGGAAAACUCUGUGAAGAGGACUUCAUCCUGGAGUCGGUGGUGGACGGUGACGGGAGCCUCAGCCCGGAGCCGCGCGGCGGGGGCUCGGUGCGCGAGGUGCGCCUGCCGCUGGGGCUGUACCACGACCGCCUGCACAACGUGUACAUCGCCGCCGGCACCCUGGGCGCUGCCAUCGCUAUAGUUGGAGUUGUGGUAACAGCGUGCCACUGUCGCGUGAACAAGACGUAUUCUCGUCUGCUGUCGCGGCUGUCGUCGCGCGCCGUUGCGCCGCCGCAGCACUGGCUGCAGGACAAGCGUGCGCCCCUCGCGCCCGCCUUCCCCCCUGCCGCCGCCGCCGCCCUCGACACCACCGAUAUGUACUACACCCUCGACUUCAGCGACAGCCAGAGCUCCCCCCUCAUCCAAUAGCCAUCACUCCUGAACUGCUCCGAUGGGGAACGGUUCAAAUUCCAAAUUUAAACAUCCGAAGCUUGUUGCCUAGGACAGCUAUGGACUUGAUUUAUUAUGAAGUAAAGUGAGGUUGACAUUGAAAUUGCCGAGUGUUUUGGAGGAGCGCGUUGAUGUCUUUUAUAUUGAGGAACGGACGUGCGCGGGAGUUGAAAAGACAUCAACGCGAUGCCGUUGGGCGGUAAGUCGCUUUCGUGUUUUUAGAAAUAUUUCAAGUUGGAUAUUAAUUGUAUUGAAAAUAUUUUUGCAAACAUUCAACCUUUUAAGAUUAGUCUUAUAAUAACUAUUUUAUCGAUUCUUAAGAUCAUAAAACCGAGACGUGAAGCCGGGUUUAAUCGCUGAAAUUAUGGGAUUUUUCUUAUGGUGAAGUUAUAUUAAAAGAGCCAGGCGGCGCAUAAAACCAGCGCCAUAUCAUUUUAUCGCUACUUAGCGGUUAGAUAGCUGGACUAGAUAAAACAACAUGUGAAUUUAGCUUAGGUGUUGGUUAUUUUAUAAGAACGUACUACGUAUAGAAGCGCGUUGUAACAAUGAUAGUUUUAUGGAAUAGGUUCUUUAUUACGGAUUAUGUCAGUAUAUGUAGUUAGUGGAUAUAAGAGGCGUUGAGCU